UGUACUUCCUGGCAUGCUCAUACUGGCUGAGGAGAGAGGAAUAUCCAGCACAGUGCUACCGGCAUAAGACUCCAUUGCACACCAGUGGAUGAAGGGAAAGUUUGUUUCAGUCGAGCACAGGGAACCUUCUGUAAUAUAUGUGUGACCUUGGGUAAGAGGCUGUUUGCUGUGGAGCUCUCUAGUGCAAGGAUGAGAAGGUCAGAUCCACAGUAAGGAUCUCCACGGGAAUGAAGCAGCGUCAUCAGAAAGUGUUAUCCAUGAUGUACUCAACUGCUUUGCUGUAGGGUUUAAAAUUCUGUUUCAGUGUAAAAGUAAGAUUCAUAAGACUCCUCUAAGAUGUCUUACAGAAAGGAGCUAGAAAAAUACCGAGACCUGGAUGAAGACAAAAUCCUUGGAGCUCUGACAGAGGAGGAGCUCAGGAAGUUAGAAAAUGAACUGGAAGAGCUGGAUCCUGAUAAUGCACUGCUGCCAGCAGGGCUGCGACAGAGGGACCAGACACAAAAGCCACCAACUGGCCCGUUCAAAAGGGAGGAACUCAUGGCCCACCUAGAAAAGCAGGCAAAAGAUAUUAAAGACAGAGAAGACCUGGUUCCUUUCACAGGAGAAAAGAGAGGAAAAGCUUGGAUCCCUAAGCAGAAGCCAAUGGAUCCCAUUUUGGAAAGUGUGACUCUGGAGCCAGAACUGGAGGAAGCCCUUGCUAAUGCCUCUGAUGCAGAGCUCUGUGACAUUGCUGCCAUCCUUGGCAUGCACACCUUGAUGAGUAACCAGCAGUACUACGAGGCACUGGGGAGCAGCACAAUAGUGAACAAAGAAGGGCUCAACAGUGUAAUUAAGCCCACAAAGUACAAACCAGUUCCUGAUGAAGAACCAAACUCAACAGAUGUGGAAGAGACUCUGAAGCGAAUACAAAACAAUGACCCUGACCUUGAGGAAGUCAACCUUAAUAAUAUUAGGAAUAUUCCCAUCCCAACUUUGAAAGCCUGUGCUGAAGCACUGAAGAGUAACACCUAUGUAAAGAAGUUCAGUAUAGUUGGAACAAGGAGCAAUGAUCCGGUUGCUUUUGCACUGGCAGAAAUGCUGAAGGUGAAUAAGACAUUGAAGAGCCUGAACAUUGAGUCAAACUUCAUUUCUGGAUCAGGGAUCUUGGCUGUUGUUGAAGCAGUCCAGUACAACACAUCACUCAUAGAGCUUCGAAUCGACAACCAGAGCCAGCCUCUGGGCAACAAAGUAGAAAUGGAAAUCGCGAACAUGCUGGAAAAAAACACCUCCCUGCUGAAAUUUGGUUAUCAUUUCACUCAGCAAGGUCCCCGGCUGCGUGCAUCUAAUGCCAUGAUGAACAACAAUGACCUAGUGAGGAAGAGAAGACUUGCAGAGUUGAAUGGGCCUAUUUUUCCCAAGUGCAGAACUGGCGUGUAGUUCCUGGCUACGAAGGCCAUUCCUGGUGAUCUGCACAACACUGUGGAAAUCUAAAGGCAACAAGUGCCUUGACAGAGUAUUUGUGGUGACUCGGUUCUGUGUUAUGCACUAAGAGUUUAAAUUAACUAGUGGCUGUAGUUGAAGAUUUUAUCCAGUAGGACUGUUGGUGUUUUCUUUAGAGCUGGAAACUAUUCAAGCCAGUAACAACCUGCCAAUUUUAAGCAAUCUUGUUUUAGAGUACAUCCCAGUGAAAAAGUGACUAUUAAUUAACCUAAUUUUUCUAUAAAUUUCCUGCACGGUGUUUCAUAUAGUUAGGAUGUGGUAUGCAUGAGUGAAAAAUACUACUGUUCCACACAAAUUAUAGAAGUAUUAAAAAAAACUUUAUUUUUUUUCAAAUUGAUCUCAAGUAACUAUAGAGAAGCAACUAGUUUAAUGAGCACUUCUACUGUCCUGAAAUAUAGUUAAUGUAAGGAAUUUUUACCAACUUUUGCUGAGUCAGUUAGUGGAGAUGCUGUUUCAAUGUAUCCCCAUUUCUUAAAAAAAAGAUUGAUUCCCCUCCCCCCCCAGAUUAAAAGGAACGUAAGGCCACUAAUUACAAAAUAAUGGAUUCUCAAAAACUGAGCACUCUAGGAUGGAUUGUUUAAUAUCCUCCAGUCCAAUGCGUGCCUGAGUAAAACUUCUUCCAUUAGGGAUCUGAUGUGAAUCCUAACUCCACAGAGAUGGCCAAACUAACCAGCAGACCAGAGUCCUCUGUUCCAACCCCCACCACCUUCAAUUUCAAAAUGUUAAAAACAUGUCUAGAGCCUUGCCAGACAAAUAUAUUAAAUCCUUACUCUUUGCUGUUCUGCCUAAUGACGUUGCCAAUUAAUUAAACACUAUUCUACUAGAGACUUUCUCCUGUGACCAUCCCUCACAUCUACAUAAAUGCAGCACUAAACAGUGUGCCAUAGCAAAGGUGUUACUUGAAAUAUCCUGACUCUGAACUUCUGUGCACACUCAGACACUUUUCUGUUAGAAGGUCUACUACCCUUAAUCUAGCCCAGGAGGAAUUCCCCACAGGCUUACAUAGCUCCCGGACAUGUAGUGGAUGAGACCCAGGACUAUCCCAUCCAAAACUCCUGCUGUGGACUUGGAUAGAAUUCUGUUUGAUAGGAAGUCACCCUGACAGAAGUGCUGUCAUACCAAAGCCUUAUUCUUACUCUGAUGACAAUAUGUCCUAGCAAACGUUCUCACUUACUAGAAAUCUGUCUGCACACAUCUGUUAAGCGUAUUCAGCAGCCUUUAUGCAUACUCCAGCAAAAGUCCCACAGAUUUCAACAGAGCUUGUGCACAAAUACCACAGAGGAUUUAGCUCUGACCAAUGACAUUAUAUUGUCAACAAUGUGGGAAACAUAUCUGUUACUUUUCAUAUCUUAAUAAAUGUGUCAGCAGUGUCAGAUAAAAUGCUUCACUACAGCUUCCUUCUUCUCCCUAAAUUCUGUUUCAGAAGAUGAAGUGUACAGAAGGGCAUGAUUUAAAAAAAAAAAUAAAAAAUAAACAAAAUCAAA